AUGAGUGAGUUUGAAAACUUCGCUCUAAUACUGCAGCACUCCAUUCAAGCGAUCCAGCAUGGCCACUCCUUCGCAAUGCAAGCUUUCAACAUUAAGAAGGAGUUGGCCAACAAGACCAAGGAGGCUGCUGGCUUGCAAAAGACCAUUAACAAGGCUGAGGCCAAGAUGAAAACUCUAAUAAACCAGGCCGAGGAAGCCAAAAAAGCUAAGGAUGAGGCCAAGGAGAGGGCUGAGGCCGCUGAGGCCAUUACCAAAGUCCUCGAAGCCGAAAAGAAAGAGGUCGAGGCAAAGAUCGCCGACGCCCAGGUCGAACUCAUUGCUGCCCUAGCCACAAAGAACGUCGAGAUCAAAGCGACGGAUGAGAGAGCGUACAAUGAGGGGGUAGUUGAUGUCAAAGAGGAGUACAAGAAGCAAGUGAAGCAGGUGGCGAUGAAAUGUAGAGAUCGGUUACAUGAACUUGUAAAGGAAGAGAUAAAGAAGAAGGAUUCGAGUACAGAGGAGUGGAAGAUCGCGAUGGAGAGAAGCUUCAAUCGCAUGGACAAUGAGGCACAACAAAUUGGUAUCAGAGCAUUGUUGUGCCAAAACAAAGCAUCCGCAACUCUGUUUUCUGUAAACUGA